CACGGCCCUGCCUUUUCACAGCAAUGUUGUCGCGACUGAAGCCAUGCUCCGUGCACGCCUGCUGGGUACGUCUCGGUGUGCUUGGCCACGCUCCUGUUGCACCUGCAGCAAGCCGCUCGCUGAGCUGCCGCAUGCCGGCAUCCAAGUUUAGUCAGAGAGCAUUUUCAUCGAAGGCAUGGGCUUCACAAUUGGGAGCUGACCCAGAUGCCAUCUCGGUGGACCGUCGUUUCCUGGCAGGGGAAAGCAGCCAAAUGGUUGUGCUACAUGACUACCGAGACAUGAAGUUCUUGCAAAGGCUUUCUGCUGCCGCCCUCUUCGGCACCUUGAUGUCCUCCUCAGGUUUGGCUUAUGCUUUGUCUCUGGGGUGGCCCGCAGAACAUUGUUUGGCAUUUGUCUUCCAGAUGGUGGUCGUGCCCCUCUUUGCCAACGCCUAUUUGCGAACGUAUAUUGCUCGUGCCGUGCUGGAUCCCAAACGCUCGCAGUUGCUGAUCACCGGCUGUACGUGGUUCGGUGUCCCGCGCACAACAGAAGAUGUCAUAUUCCUGGAUCAGAUGAGGCCUGGGCACGCGCUUGAGGGUGGCUACAUCAAAUUCCGCUUGGAGGGCCCAGCUUGGGAUGUGUCUCGGUGGAUUUGGUUUCGUCUUCCGCGUGGUGGCCAUGGAUCAGAGAAUGUCCGUCCCGGACAGCAGGUGGGGCACAGGCCAAAGUCGUCCCGUCCAGCUGAACCAGCUGGUUUGAGGAGUUCGAACGAGAAGGAGGAGCAGCUUAAAGGCGAGUCUGGACGACGCUUUCUUGGAGCAGGUCUUGGUGUCACACAGCAAGAUAGCGGUGGCUUUGCAGCGCCUCGAGCCCCGCAGAAGAGGCAAGUGCAGGAAAAACCGCUUCGACGUGGGCCCCGGAAAGCCAUUCAAGCAUUGAAGCUUCAAGGCGGCUUGCCAGCUUCAUCGCAGGAGGAGCAGAAAUUGUUUGACUUCUUUGAAGAGCCUGCAGCAUACGGCAUCGGGAUGCAGUGAUGAGAACAUGCUAGGGUGGAGCAAAAGUCCGUCAUUCGCGGCUGAGAAGCCGGUGCUGGAG